AUGGAUCAUGUCAUGGCUUCCAUUCACUUCAUUCUGGAAUUUCGAGCCCACCUUUUCAAUGAUGGAACUGCAGCGUCAACUCUGAGGAACAAACUGUUCCCACAAGCCAUUGGAUAUUUGCGGAAGACUUUCCAAGUUCGUAAGUCUGCUGGAACAGUCUUGCUUAGUAGGCAGUGUGCAACAAAUCAAUAUUUACGGAAGAAACAUGACCCUCAUCGGUACUGUCAGGGAGCCUGUGCUGAGCUGACAAGGUGUGGUCCUGUGGUGGUGCCUGACCAGCACUUGCAGCAAUGCAGGGUCUGCAGUGAAAAUGGCCAUUACUGUGGGCUUGUUGGACCACCAGAUGGAUAUGGGUUUCCUGGUGCAGACUUCUUGCUUUAUGUCAGUGCAGUAACAACCGAGCGAUGUGGUCAUGAAAACAUAGUGGCUUAUGCUGCAUACUGCCAACAGGAGGCAGAACUUGACAGACCGAUUGCAGGUUAUGCCAAUUUAUGCCCUAAUGCAAUCUCCACACAGCCUCAGGAAUUUAUCGGCAUGCUGUCAACAGUGAAUCAUGAAAUUAUCCAUGCCUUAGGUUUUUCAGCUGGACUUUUUGCAUUUUAUCAUGAUGAUGAUGGAAACCCACUGACACCCAGAUUUGCAAAUGGUCUUCCACCUUUCAAUGACAGCCUUGGCCUUUAUCAGUGGAGUGACAGAGUGGUGCGUAAGACAGUCAGACUGUGGGAUGUGAGAGGCAACAAGAAGGUACAUCAUGAUGUAUACCUGCUUGUGACACCACGAGUGGUUGAAGAAGCACGGAAGCAUUUUGCGUGUCCCAAUCUAGACGGGAUGGAACUAGAAAAUCAAGGAGGACUAGGCACAGAACUUAACCAUUGGGAAAAACGGCUGCUAGAGAAUGAAGCAAUGACAGGAUCUCAUACGCAGAACCGGGUAUUUUCCCGGAUUACCUUGGCAAUGAUGGAGGAUACUGGUUGGUAUAAAGCAAAUUACAGUAUGGCUGAGAAGCUGGACUGGGGACAAGGAAUGGGCUGUGACUUUGUGAAUAAGAGCUGCAAAUUCUGGAUUGAUCAACACAGGCAAAAGAAACAGUUGGUGAGUCCAUACUGUGACACAUUAAGGACUAAUCCACUGCAGUUAACAUGCAGGCAGGACCUGAAGGCAGUAGCGGUAUGUAACCUUCAGAAGUAUACAGAACGAUUGCCUCAUGACUAUCAGUACUUCGACUAUCUUGAUGGAGUACCACAUCAGGAUCUGUCUUUGUAUGGUGGUUCAGUGGAAAUUGCAGACUACUGCCCUUUCAGUCAAGAGUUUAGCUGGCACUUAAGUGGUGAAUUUCAGCGCAGUUCAGACUGCAGGAUCCCAGAAAAUCAGCCAGACCCUGACAGAAACUAUGGUGCUGAAACAUAUGGGCCUUACUCUGUCUGUCUAAUUCAGAACUCUCCAUUUGUUAUGGAUCAGUGUACAAAGAAACUCAGCUAUCCAGACUGGGGAAGUGGUUGUUAUCAGGUCUCAUGCUCUUCCCAAGGUCUUACUGUGUGGGUGAAGAACACUGGCUAUUUUUGUAGUCAUGCAGGCCAGAUACUCACCAUAAAUGUUUGGAUGAACAGCUGGGUGUAUACAGGAAGUCUGGUGUGUCCGGCAUGUUCAGAUGUAUGUGACUCGUGUCCUUCAGAAGGGGACCCUCUUCCAGUAAAUUCAACAAAAAACAUGCCUAUAGAUCCAUGCUCAAGUUCUUCAAGCCUGGUUGUAACCUUGUGGCUGUUAUUUGUUGACCUUGUACCUCUGCUGGCAGGAUUUUUCAUCUGCAUACGGAACUAAUUCUAAUGAAUUUAUUUAACUGUGAAAUUGUUUAAUUGCCCUUCUUUGGCCAGAGCACUGCUGUGGUACAGAAGUAUGCUGCAUUGAGGAAAGCACUGAGUGGCUCAGCUGUUCCGUUUACUGGACCUCGUGACAAGGCUCAAGUGCUGAAAACUGACACUGUGUAACAAAUUAAUACACUGCAGGGCAGAACUGAACUUAACACGAAAAGGAAGAGAACAAAUUAGCAAGUGACAGGGAUCUAUCUGCAAGAUUCUGGAAGUUGUGGCUCAAUCACUCCUGGUAGCAGUUGGCUGCUUCGUUGGCCUGUCAGUGUUUGGUGCAGUACUGAUAGUUACACAAAUGAGUAUGAAGGCUGUAGCUGGCAGAUACUUUUCAAGUGCCAGCAUUCUGUGGGACUAGAUUGUGAAAUACCUCAGUAUUAAUGUAGCCAUAAAUUGUGUUUUGUCAGGUAGUCAUCUGACAGUUGGGCCAGAUUGGAAGUUACAAAGGAGAUUAUCUGUGGUCAAUGUUAUUUGGUAGUCAGGGUCAUUUAUGUAUACUGGCAUGUGUUCUGCUUCUUUAGUAGUCAUUAAGUCCAAGCUGUAAAUGGCAGCAGUUUGCAAAAUGUACUAAAUGUACAUUGUCUUAGGCACUGACUGAUUGGUAUAAUCUCAAAGUAAGAACACCUUUGGUAUCACACAGCAGUACGAAUUUAGAUUAUGAACUGAUGGCUUGAGUCUGUGGCGCAUUUGUCUGACUAUUUCGUAAAAGGUCAGUUUGCCAGAGAAAGAGUAGUUUCAGAAUGUUCAUACCACUGUAUUGUAAUGGUGAUACUGCUCAUUUUAACAGAGCUGUCUGUAAUCUGUAACUUUGGGCAUUUGGUUUCAGUCAGAACUUCCCCUGCUCUGUAGUUUAGAUGUGGUGCAGUUUCCUAACAACUUUUGUUUGGGGUAAGUAUUUCUGACACACUCCAUGUCUUACUUUGGUUCUUAGUAGUUAUGUUGAUGGUUACAGAGAUGCACUAAUUAAAAAAUCCUCAUAGUUUGUACACAAGCAGCAUAUUAUAGAAGUAGGUGGUGUCAUACAGGGGACAGUCUAUAGCUUAGGAGUAAUUUGUUCUUAUUAACCACCAAGUUCUACAGAGUGCAUAGUAUGAGAUGUGAGAGAAGUUCAGAAAAGUCUUUUGAAGGAACCUUACCAGAGAUCUUUGUAGGUGAAGUAAAUGGGAGUAGGCCCACAUAGCCUUCCUUAGUACUCUGUAGAUGUACUUUGAUCACAGGUAUCACUGUCCACCAUUGCUAGCACUUUUCUCAUGUGAUCUUGUGUGCAUAGAUA